AUGAAAUCAUUUCUUGCGAUUCUCGCCGUUUCGGUGAUCUCGGUGGCCUUCUGUUGUCAUGGCAGGCAACCAAUGAUCCUCUGCGGAACGGAUGCAUAUUGUCAAGCUUCUGGAUGGGAAUCGUGCAAACUCAUGCCGAAUUCGACUUAUGGGAUUUGCCAAGGACGCAUGGCCAACAUCUGUUCUGAUGAUGAGUUCUGUGUGAAGAGUGGAUUCGUUGAGUAUUUGCCAUCCUUCAACUCAACAACCACCCCACCAUCG